GUCGGAUAAAUGGAUUGAAGGAUCAGAAUGAUGUUAAAAAAAUAGUAUUUGAAACAAGUUAUAUUGUUUUCGGAUUGGGUGAUGUGUAUCUCGGCGCACCAUGUGCUGUUCCAGUUGAUCCACGUCAUCGACUGAUUACAUCGAAAUAUAAUCCGGCCCGUACAUUCACGACAGACGGUACGGUUGGUAUUGGUGGUGUUUAUAUGUGCAUUUACCCUAGAUCUUCGCCUGGUGGUUAUCAAAUUAUUGGACGAUCAUUACCGGUAUGGAAUACAUAUUUAAAUAAUAAGUCAUUUAAAAAUGAUAAACCAUGGCUAUUAAGAUUCUUCGAUCAAGUACGUUUUUAUGAAGUUACCGAAGAUGAAUUGCUCGAAAUGCGCAAAGGGAAAAAACUUAUACAAAUCGAAGAAGAUCAAUUUGAUUAUGCUAAAUAUUUAACUUUUCUAUCUGAAAACGAACAUAGUAUUAAUGAACUUCAAGCCAAACAAAAAGUCGCUUUUGAUAACGAAGUACUUCUGUGGGAGCAAGACGAUCAUAAUAACGUUAAUCAAACUAAAUCAGAACAAGAAGAAGAAGAAUCGAAAGCAACAACUCAAAAUGAGGUUUUGAAAGGUCGACUUGUAUCGGCCAUUACUGGCGGUCGCGUUUUGAAUGUACUGGUUAAAUUAGGUCAGCGUGUGAAACUUGAUGAACCUUUACUUGUUGUUGAAGCAAUGAAAAUGGAACUUACCAUCUAUUCAGAACUAACUGGAAUAGUAAAUGCUGUCUAUUGUGAACAGGGUAAAAUGAUAAAUACCGCUGAUAUUUU